AUGACGGAUCAAUUCGCAUUUUCGUACCCAUCGCCAUUGGAGGGAUAUGAGAACCUGGAGCCGCUACCCGAAGAGAGAAACGAGGACGGCAAGUCAUUCAAGAACCCUCAGCACGGCAUCCUCAGCAAAGCCUACGAGGAGUUUCCAGACCCAUUGACCAAAGGGGGACACGGCGGAUUCGACAUCCACAUCUACCACUUCCAGAACAACCCAGACCAAGUCGCAUAUGCCCGGGCAUUGUGGGAGCGUAUUCGUCGUGAAUUUCCCGAACUACGCAUCUACACUUUCUUCGAUAAACCCAUUGGCCCGCACCCGGUGGCCAUGUUUGAAGUCAACCUCUUCACACCGGCACAGUUCGGGGCUUUUGUCCCGUGGCUGGUUAUUCAUCGUGGCCCCCUGAGCGCUUUGAUCCAUCCCAAUACGCAUGACGAGUCGGAGGAAGAGCGUAAUCAUACGCAGCGUGCGACGUGGCUGGGGGAUCGGAUUCCGUUGGAUUUGAGGAUUUUCAAGUUGAUGAAGGAGGCGGAGAAGAGGAAGGAAGAGGAGGCGGAGAAGGCGAAGGAUGGAAGAUUGUAG